AUGGAAAAGCCAGAAAAAACUGAACUUACUUAUGAAUACACAAAACGCAGAAAGGAUUUUGGGAGACAAACUUUAUUCGAAGACCAUGGACCAGAAAUGUUAUGCAGCAUACCAAAUAAUCCCUCGUAUUAUAAAGAUUAUAUUCUACGGAAUCCGGUACAUGUAGGGGUCCAAAAUAUACCUUCAAUGUCUGAACAUUGGGUAAACUCUGUAAGAGCUGAGUAUACAAGUUCCGGUGUCAAUCAUGUUGAAGGUGGAUGGCCUAAAGACAUCAACAUGAAUGAUCCUGAGGCAACGCAAAGAUAUCGACGAAAAAUUGAAAAGGAUGACGCUUAUAUUCACGCCGUCAUGCACUUAGGGCAUAGCAUGGAACAUUAUAUACUACAAAAUAAUGCAAUAGAUAUGUACGAGUGUUAUCACUCAGAUUUGCCUUCAAUACCACCAGUAGAAAAUAGUAGCUGUCACACGGUAAAUGUAUACAGAGAGCCUGGAGCAAGAAGACCAGUGAGGUCAUUGUCAUGGCAAGCAGAUGGAGGAGCAAGAUUUGCAGUAGCGCAUGCCGAUAUAGAACUAAUAAGAAGCUCAAGAAAUCCUCAGUAUUCUUAUAUCUGGGAUAUAGAAAACGCUAAUGCUCCGGAGCUAACUGUGAAGCCUCCACAGCCGUUGCUAGACUUUCAAUACAAUCCUCGUGAUCGUGAUAUUUUAGUAGGAGGAAUGGUUAACGGGCAGGUUGGCUGGUGGGAUACGCGCAAAGGAGGAGAACCUGCAGGUGUGUGUCCACCUCAUGUAGCACAUCGGGACCUCGUACGGAAUGUUCUUUUUAUAAACUCUAAAAUAGGAGCAGAAUUCUUCUCUUCAUCUCCAGAUGGUGUCGUAAAGUGGUGGGAUACUCGAAAUAUGAGUGAACCUACGGACUCCAUGAUAAUCGAUAUCGUGAAAAGUGCAACAGAUACUCAAAACAUUGACAACGCCAUUGGAAUUUCGGCUCUUGAGUACGAGCCUACAAUACCAACGAGGUUCAUGGUGGGAACAGAGACUGGGUUAAUUAUUGGAGGUAAUCGUAAAGGUAAAAAUGCAUUGGAAAAGCUACCAACAAAGUAUGAAGCGCACUUUGGACCAGUAUAUGCACUUCAAAGGAACCCAACAUUCGUUAAGAAUUUCUUAACAGUAGGAGAUUGGACAGCUAGAGUUUGGAGCGAGGACUGUAGAGAAUCGUCUAUUUUAUGGACAUAUUCUCACCGUACUAAACUUACUGACGGAGCGUGGAAUCCCAUUAGAUUCUCUUUAAUGCUGGUGACGCAGUGGGAUGGUUGCCUAUCCUGUUGGGAUUUGUUACGAAGAAGAAGUGCACCAAUUGUUACAGCCCAAGUUUGCGACGAACCUUUGCUUCGACUUCGUCCACAUGAAGGAGGUUUAUUAGUAGCAUGUGGAAGCAGUAAAGGAACUAUAUAUUUAGCUGAACUAUCACAAAAUCUUGGUACUGCUGACAAAAAUGACAAACUACUUCUGACUCAUGUUCUGGACCGUGAAAAUAAACGAGAGCGAAUCUUGGAAGCUCGCGCCCGAGAAUUGCGCCUCAAACUGCGACAAGACCACGCCGGCGGAGCCCAACAGACCGCAGACGCUGACCUUCCUGCCAACGACAGGGAUUUAGAAGAAGCAACCGCAGAAUAUCUGCAUACUAUUAAUGAACUGCAAGCACAACAAAAGGAUAUCUAG